GUCUGUGGUAUGCGGCUGCCUCAUGCAUAGAAGUAGCUAAGAACACGAGUUUGGUUUGCGGAUCAGCAACUCUCGCAAUGGCUUCUCCGGUCGUGUCGAGCUCCAAUGGAAGUGUCAGUGUGGAUGGUCCUAAGAAGAUCGUUAUCGAUGCAGAUCCUGGUAUUGAUGAUAGCAUGGCAAUCUUGAUGGCAUUUCAGAGCCCAGAGCUGGAGAUCUUAGGCUUCACCACAGUUUUCGGCAAUGUCACUGCAGAAACUGCCACUCUCAAUGCUCUCCGCCUGUCCGAGGUUGCAAAUCGGUCGGAUAUUCCGGUGGCAGAAGGCUGCUCGGAGCCUCUCAUGGGUGGAAAGCCAACAGUGGUAGACUAUGUUCAUGGCAAAGAUGGGCUGGGGAACAUCACUUUGAAUCCUGAAACGUCCGACGAUGUUCCUUUGGUUCCAAAAUCCAAUAACAUUGAAAUGGCCGGACCUCAGUUUUUGGUGGAUACUGUUGCUCAACACCCCGGCCAAGUCACCGUUCUAGCACUGGGACCAUUAACAAACUUGGCACUCGCCCUGAAAUGGGACACAUCCUUUGCCAGCAACGUCAAAGAGAUUGUGAUCCUGGGUGGAGCUUUCUUUGCUCUGGGAAAUAUAAAUCCUGCCGCUGAAUCAAAUAUCUUACAGGAUCCUGAAGCAGCCGAUAUUGUGUUCACAUCCGGGGCAAAUAUUUCUGUAGUUGGCAUCAAUAUAACAACACAAGUCAAAUUAACAGAUGAGGAGCUUCAAGAUAUAAGGAAUUCUAAUGGAAAAUAUGCCAAGAUCGUCACAGAUAUGUGCGUGUUCUAUGAAGCUUGGACUGAAAAAUCUGAUAAAUUCAAAGGGAUCUUCCUCCAUGAUCCAACCUGUUUCGUGUCUCUUGUUCGGCCUGAUCUAUUCACUUAUACACAAGGGGUAGUUCGCGUCCAGAUAGAGGGGAAAUGUAGAGGACUUACCCUUUUGGAUCCGGGCCAAAAAGAAUGGAAUUCCGAUAAUGCAUGGACGGUAGAAGUCGACGGAGUUGGGAAACCCAUUGUUUCAGUUGCAAUGGCGGCUCAAGUUGAUGAAAUUCGUGAUUAUGUCAAGAAUCUGUUGAUGCAACCCUGAUCUGUUUAUUCUUUUAUUUGUCCCAUUUUGUUCAAGUACUUAACCAUAAGCUUUCUGGGAUGUCUUCUUGGUGAUUAAUGAUCUGUUAAUUCUGGGUCUUGUUGUUGUUAAUUUGUUUCUACUCAAAGUCAAAGUCAGUUCUAAUCUGUCUUCUUCCUACUUCUGAACACUGCCACUUGUAUUUGUAUCUGCGUCUAUUUUUAUAUUAAUGAAUAAUGUUUCAUCUUCA